GAUAGACCUGCUCGUGCAAUCCUCUGUUGCUGUAACCUGUUGCCGUUUGACGACGAAUAUAUCGUACAGUGCCACGUUAUUACUUACGUUCGAUCGUUAACUCCACCGUAUGUCUCUUGCUUCCCUUCUGUCGGAGCGGGCAAAGAAAUAGCGUUCUAAAUGGGUAGGUCAUUCGGCAAAAAAUCCCGGGAAUACGCUCGAUCGACAAAAUCGAGUUCGCUGUGUUCAACUUAAUCUCCUUAAUCUCUGACCGAAACACGCCAUCCAUUAGGCAAAUGCAACGCGUAUAUUCAAUUUUUGCUCGCAGCGCUCGUUCUUUCGCGUUCUGUCCAUAAUUCCAAUAGAGCGCAAAAUGAAGGGGAAUCCGCAAAUCCGCAAAUUAAUUGCGAAUUAGAGAUAUAAUAAGCUGACUGUUAAAUGAUAGUGAUGUGCGAUAACGUUCCGACAGAGAAUCACGAUCGCGUCGAAGACGCGAGCGUGCUCGCGAAACAGUGAGAACGGAAUGUCACGACGCAACAUCGUCAUUCGAUCAGCAUUUACAAUCGGUACGAGAUACGCACAGAUACAUCUCUGAUACACCUCUGAGAACGUCGCGCGCGCGGAAAAGUAUCGAUUAUGCAUCGCCUGCGGAAUUACACGGACAUUUUUCGCCGGCUCAACAUCACCGACGAGGACAUUGAUUACGUGAACAAUUUCGACCUCGAGAACUUGACCGAUCACAGUAGCAACAGAUUCGAUGGAAGCCGCGGUGGCGGCCAAAUCUUGGGGGGUGGAAGUGGCGACGGGGACAGAAGCACCCGAAUCGAAACGGUGCAAUUAACAACCUCCUGUUAUUGCGACGGUGCAAUCCGCGAUCUGGCGACGCAAUACAAAAAUUACCAUGGUUAUGCCGCUCUCAUGGUGUGCUCCUUCGGCACGUUCACCAACGUGCUCAACAUCAUCGUCCUCACGAGAAAAGAUACCAAAAUAGCCCCUAUAAAUCGCAUCCUGACCGGACUCGCGACGGCGGAUAUGCUAGUGAUGCUGGAGUACAUACCUUUCGCGAUUUACAAGUAUCUCGUGCUGCCGCAGCGUAGAAUAUUUCCCUACGGAUGGGCUGUGUUCGUGCUAUUCCAUAUGCAUUUCACGCAGCUCCUUCACACGAUCAGUAUCGCGCUCACUCUCACCUUGGCUGUUUGGAGGUACAUCGCUAUUAGAUUUCCACAGUACAAUCACAUUUGGUGCACCGGAAGGCGUUGUACGCUCGCUCUCUCCUGCAGUUUCCUCGCUCCGUUUUUCGCCUGUGCGCCUAGCUACUUCGUGUUUGGAAUAAAGGCACAGACCGUUUAUGAGAACGGCACUACGGAGAUAUUAUAUCACGUAGACGUUAAUUACUCCGUCGACCAAGGCUUCCUGUAUCAAUUAAAUUUCUGGAUACUCGGCGUGAUCGUUAAACUUCUACCGUGCGUCCUACUCACCGUCAUCAUCUGUUGGUUAAUAAAAGCUCUUUAUAGGGCGAAGGGCAGGAAACAGAUUCUGAAAAACUACAGUCAUUGCGUUACAAGAGCCAGAAAAUCAACUUUAUCGUCGAGAAACUCCAACUUUGAAAGUCACUUGUUCGAUACUAAAAGGGAUGGAUGCCCGCGAAGAGUGAGCAAAUCUGACAAACGAACGGACAGAACAACGAGGAUGCUUGUAGCAGUAUUGUUGUUAUUUCUCAUAACAGAAAUUCCUCAAGGUAUCUUGGGUUUACUCUCCGCGGCUCUGGGCGAUUGUUUCUUUCGCAAUUGUUACCAUAAGUUUGGAGAGAUGAUGGAUAUCUUAGCGUUGUUAAAUGGUAGCAUAAAUUUUAUCUUAUACUGCUCUAUGUCGCGACAAUUUCGUAUGAUCUUUGGGCAAUUGUUCAAACCUCGAAUUAUGAAAAAGUGGUCAACGAUAAACCAGCAGCAAAUCGAAGUACAAAGCACAUACGUAUAAUGUAAUUAUAAGAAUUAUAGUAGUUUAUAAAGAGAGGUUCUGCGAAAUUCUCCUUCUUUCUCUCUAUUUUUAAUUGGAAAUUGUAGCAAAUGAAGCUUUAUUAUUUUAUACGCGAAAUGAAAGUUGAGCUUAACAAUUUAUGGUAUUAAAUGAACUCAUCCGGAAUAAAAAGAUUAUUGCAUAAACGAUAAUGGCUAGUGUAAGCCCAUCAAUAUAAUUAAAUACGUGUUAUCUCUAAAAAUAAAUUAUCUGUGCACGUGUUCGAUUUUACUCUCAAAACUGACCUCUGUACAAUUGAUCUCUUGUGGUUUCAUCUCUGUGUCUUGUAAAGUCGGUGCGCUAUGUUCUAC